AUGAAGAGGGAACCUCCCACUCGGGCCCACCCGCAGCCGAACACGUGGCGGAAGUGCCUCCCCCACCUCGCGGGUCGCGCGGCCACGCGCUCACGCCGCGCCGCAGCGGCCGCCGCCGGCACCACCAGUAAUGCCCCGUCGCGCCGCCAGUGGCAGCUCACGCAGAGGGGCCGUGCUCAGGUGGCGGCGCGCGCGCUCGCUCCAGCGCCCCCUGCGGCCCAGACGCCGGCGUCCGCCCAGACGCAGACGGCAGCUGGCCGCGGCGGCGAUCGCGUUACGCCGUGUUCCGGUAGUGUCGCCCUGGCCUGCCCUGCCCCCUGUCGCCUUUGUGCGGCUCGGCCGGGCCCGGCUCCACCCAUCUGCCCCCGGCAGAUUAAUAAAACACAGGUGCGGCCCCACCGCAUGUAUCCGGCAUGCUUCUUUGUUUUCCUGAGGGAGAGGGAGCUGAGCCGCGAGGCGGCCUGCGGUCUGGCCGCCCCCGCUACCUGCUGCGCCGCCACCGCAAGUCCCGCGGGCUUCCUGCGGCUGCCUGCUGGCUGCCCCGGGGCGGAGGGCGGAGGGCGGAGGGCGGAGGGCAGGGGCCACAACAGCUUCGCUCACGGAGAAGGAGAAGUGGCGCGGAGCCGUGAAGUAGACUUGCCCACUGAAGGCCCGCUCAGUCCAUUUGGGAGCGCGCAGACGAUGCGCCGGCGAUGGGUGCGCGGCGCGCUUACCCGCUCUAUCGGAGCCGGAGUGCCCGACGCCGUAAAUCGGCGACGCCCGCUGCCCGCCUCACGCACCCCGGAGAUGAGCCGUCGGAGGCUAAAAGCGGCCGCCGCCGACCCCUCCCUGCCGUGCCAUUAG